UCUCGCGCUGCGUGACUACUGUUAGCGGUAUUGAUAGCCAAAAAAGAUGAGACGGUUAUAGAUGGGAGGACAAAAUGUGAUGAAGAGGGUGUGGGGAGGGUAAAGGGUGUGUAGGCAUGGCGGAGGGUGUGGAGAGAGGGGAGGGGAGAGAUGAGAGGGGAGGCUUGUUUCUCUAUUGGGAAGUGAUGACACUAACUGAAAACCCCUUCAAUAACUUCCUACAAACCCAACAACAGGAAGAAGAAGAGAUUGCAGGAGCGGUGGUUACACACCUGGGCAGGUUACGCGCAGGAGGAGGCACAGUUAUCAGGUUACACGCAGUAGUACAUGCUGUAUAACGUUGUGGUUGCAUCCAGGGGAAGGCGGCACACAAGUGAGGUUAUGUACACUGGACAGUUGCUGCUCUGCGACAAAAAAAGUGGAGAUCUACAGGGCUGAUUUAGAGGGGAGACUGUCCAUUGUUGGGAUUACACAUAGUGAGAAACAGGGGUGCGCAGUACUGAGAUUUACAGUGGGUCACUUACAAGAAGAAGUUGCGCAGGACUGAGGCUACAUAGUGGUGCGAUCAAAAACAGGAUGUUCGCCUUUGGACAGUGCUGUGGUUAAACAUUGGAAGAGUCUGUCACAUUUCUGGGGUCACACAGAGGGAGUUCGCCCGCUGCUCAAUUUACAUAUUUAAACUACUUUUACACGCAGGAGGCUCAUCUCAGAUUAAACAUUAGAGCAGUGUGUAGCAUUCUUGCAAUACAUUUACACACGCUGUGAUUGCACAUAGCUGACUUUACACAGAGGAGGCUGCAUAGUGCUAAGCUCCCAUACAAAAGAGUUUUUACAUACACUGGGGUUAUACUGGCAGGUUGCUGUGUGCUCACGUUAUACUCUUGAGUAGGUUGCUCAAACCCCUGUAAACGCAAGAAUAAGCUGUAUACCUAGGUGUGCUCUCCCAUUGUGACCCCAUGGCCUCUCGAGGGGGUCUACCUGUUGCUCCUGGAAGUCCCAUGCAUCUAAUGCGCGGACCAAGCCCAGCAGGGUACAGAGCUCUACCAAAUCUAUAUCAGCGCCCAGGUAUGAUUCACGGCUCACGGAUGGCGCUGCCUGGUAUGCAAGUGGGGUCUCCCAUGCAUCCUGGAUAUGGGGGAGGGUCUCCCAUCAGACCUGGAAUAAACCCAAUAAUAAUGGAGCCAUUCAGAAAACGACUGCUUACCCCUCAAGGACACCCACCUGGAGCUAACCAAAGGAGAGGAGUUAAAAGGCGGAAGAUGGCUGAUAAGGUGUUACCACAGAGGAUACGAGAGCUGGUCCCAGAGUCUCAGGCAUAUAUGGACCUUUUGGCAUUUGAGAGAAAACUGGAUCAGACGAUUACUAGGAAGAGGAUGGAAAUUCAGGAAGCUAUCAAGAAACCUCUUACUCAAAAGCGCAAGCUGAGAAUUUACAUCUCAAACACAUUCACUCCCGGCAAACCUGACGGAGAGGAGGGAGAGCGAAUGAGCGCCUGGGAGUUAAGAGUGGAGGGUAAACUUCUAGAUGAUCCCACUAAACAAAAGAGAAAGUUUUCAUCCUUCUUUAAGAGCCUUGUUAUUGAGCUGGAUAGAGAUCUGUAUGGACCAGACAACCAUUUAGUGGAGUGGCACAGAAUGAGCACCACACAAGAAACAGAUGGCUUCCAGGUCAAGCGCCCAGGAGAUAUCAAUGUGAAAUGUACCCUGCUUCUAAUGCUGGAUCACCAGCCACCUCAGUACAAGCUAGACCCCCGCCUUGCCCGCCUACUUGGUGUGCACACUCAGACCCGUGCAAACAUCAUGCAGGCUCUGUGGCUGCACAUCAAGACCAACAAACUGCAGGACAGCCAUGAUAAGGAGUAUAUCAACUGCAAUCGUUACUUCAGACAGAUUUUUAACUGCAUUCGCAUGAAAUUCUCAGAAAUUCCUCUGAAGCUGGCAAGUCUGCUACAACAUCCAGACCCCAUAAUAAUCAAUCAUACCAUCAGUGUAGACCCUAAUGACCAGAAGAAGACCGCUUGUUACGAUAUUGAUGUUGAAGUUGAUGACCCCUUGAAAUCCCAAAUGAGCAACUUCCUGGCAUCAACUACUAAUCAGCAGGAGACUGCUAACCUGGAUAUUAAGAUACAUGAGACAAUAGAAUCCAUAAACCAGUUGAAGACACAGAGAGAUUUCAUGCUGAGCUUCAGCAACAACCCCCAGGAAUUCAUACAAGAUUGGCUGAAAUCCCAGAGCCGUGACCUCAAGAUCAUGACUGAUACAAUGGGGAAUCCAGAAGAGGAGAGACAUGCAGAGUUUUAUGAGCAGGCAUGGGCGCAGGAGGCAGUCUCUAGACACAUCUUCUUUAAGGUGCAGCAACGCAGACAGGAGCUGGAGCAGGUUCUUGGGAUCCGGCUCACUUAACUGCUUGGCUCUUCUACCAUUCCAAGUUGUUUUCUGUUUUGAGAAUGUGGAUUUUAGUAUUGCACCAGGCAAAGAACAAAUUUUCUUUAUUGUCCAUAUGAAUAGGAGUUUAUUUUUUAGCCUUGAGUGUAGCAGGAGUAAGUUAAUGCCACAGGGAGGGUUGGGAACAGUUAUCCUGUAAAUGGCAGAAGCUGUGUUUUAGUUCUCAGGUAUGUGUAUUUCUAAAUUGACAUAUGAUUUGUGUACCAUACUGCCCCAUAAGAGCUGAAAAAGGAAAUGGGAAGUGAUUUUCCAACAUAAGGUACUGUGGGGGCAACAAAUAAUAAAGUAUCUGGCAUGGUACAUAAAAUAAAGCUGCCACCUGCCUUCAUAUAUUUUACACUUUGCUUUCUUCCAGCUUAAGAUGUUGCAAAAAUGCCAUACAUUCCAAGAAUAUAGUUGUGUUUUUAAAUUGUUCUAUUUUUAUAAGCAAAAAUAUAUUUGCACUAUUUGCUGGGUGGAUCUGUGUGUUUUAUGCUAGAAUAGGUUUCAGGACAGCAUUUUAAAUGUAGCUGGUGUUCAAUUGAUAUUUUUAUGUUUAAUUUAACUACUUUGCACUAAUUCCCCCCCAUAUCACAGUCAGACAGGUGUUUACUCUGUAAUAUGUCACCUAAUAUGAUAUUGGUGGGGGUGCUGUGAAUAGACCAUUGUGGGAUUAAUAAAUCGUUUAUUCUCAGGGGACCAAUCUAUGCAUGUGAGCAGGACCAAAUGUUAUGUGUGUGUUAGUUAAGAAGCGGUUCUGUUACUGUGGUAAGAAGUGCACACAUGACUUGGGUGCAGUCAUAGGAUUGUAGCUGGUAGAAAUAAGCCACCUUCAGCGCGUUGAUACUGCAAAUCUUCUCAGGAUAGAUGAGGUAGUUUAUAAAACAAAAAAGCCAUACUAUUUACUAAGCGGUGUGCAGUUUACAUAUACAAAGCUUUGGUAGCUGGGUCUGAAUGUCUUUUUUUUUUACUAUAGUUUAUUUUUUUCAUUGUAAAGAAAGUUUUGAAGUUUAACAAUAAAAAGAUUUUUUUCAUUUU